GUAAUAAAACAUGUUACCCAGAGCCUCUACCCAUUUAUCAGAUAACAUUGUAUAUACCGUAUCCAAUACAAUGCCUAUUUUUUUUUUUGUUCCUACAAGUUAUGCCUGUAUUGUCCUGAGCAGGAGGAGGAUUACUCAAUCAGCCAGCCAUUAAUUUCCUUUUAGAAAAAUGCGACGAUUACUCCGGAAACUACAACGUUGAACUUUCACUUGGUUUCGAUCACGCUGAAGACGGGCGUGGGUCGGAUUACUUUUCGAUAUCCUAGUUAUAGUUCUAGGCUAUCAACGCCGACAUACUCCUCGACACACUUCAGAUCCUUUCGUCUUUUCCACGGGCAGGUUGAAACAUGAGGACAUUCCUUGGAGCGUUAAUGGUGUUAAUUGUCUCCGGUGAUGAGACGACUAUUCAAGGUGUCUUAGAUGACAGCGUCCUUCUGCCAUGCACCUGCUCAGAGUCGAAAAAGUAUUUUGAUUGGCAGAUGGAUGAACCAAAGCCGAUGCCGGUGUUCAUUUACAACGAAAACGAUUCAAGUAGAUACAAGGGCAGGAUCAAAACAUUUCUGUCUGAGAACAGCACUAACUGCUCCAUUCUUCUCACCAACAUCACAGCGGAGGACCAGGGGAAAUACAGCUGCCGUUUUAAAAGUGAAGGGGUGUACUAUAAAUCAUUUGUAUAUCUUAACGUUUCUGCGAACUACAGUGUUUGUCAGACGAACAACAGCGUGAGUGGAGGUUUGAAGGUUUUCCAGUGUAAAGUGAUUGGUCGCUACAGGGAGGCUUGGAUUCAGUGGACUUUGCAUGGACAGAAUCUAACAAAUUCAAAGACAAUUAACAUUACCAACACAACCAACACAGAUGCCGCUACGGGCCUCUACAGUUUCAACAGCAGCCUCAGCACUGAACUCAACUGGAACUUAACACCUAUGUGUGAAGUCAAGGCCAAAACCAUAUCAACUACCUUUAUCUCUGGCUGUGACGGAACGAAAGCAGCAGGAACGGGAAAUCCACAAGCUGAUCGCAUGAGACACAGGUGGUUAACAAUCCUCCCCGUUGGGUUGGUCCUUGGACUUUUCCUUUUCUUGUUGUACCUUUCACAAUUAAGGAGUUUACCACCGACACGAAAUUGAACACCAACAACUUCUAAACACACAACAAACCCCAUUGUCCCAAUUUAGGCUUAUACAUGCCAACCAAGCUGUGGUUAACUAUGAAAGUGUGAUCAUGCCCACUCAUAUACUGUUUACAGGCAGGUUUCAUCCUGUGUUGAUGCAACUAAAGGAAUGUUGUGUCUCUGAAAAUAAUGCCCAUUUUGAGAGAUUUUAUGGAUGUUUGCAGGGACAUGUCUAAUCUAUUCUGUAAAAGGAGAUUGCCUUCUUUGAUAUGAAGAUUAAGUGAUAAAUUAUUUGUAUUCAGUUAUCAACCAAAAUAGUUUGCUGGAAGUGUGCACUCUUGCAGAUUCCGUAGCAGGUAACAUUGACGGGAAUCAUGUUGAUAUCAGCUAACUGCAUUCUUUGGAAAACUGCCUUGUUGACAUGGUGAAAUUGCAAGGCCAUUUUCUAAAUGCAAGAAAAAGGUAAACUGAUUCAGAUAUACUCUGUAUACUUAAUGAAAAACAGUAUUGAACUGAGCCAUUCAAUCAUUUAAUGUACCUUCGUGGUUAUGUAUAUAUAUAUAUAUGUAUAGAAUACUGUAAAUGCCAUAAUUCAAAUGUGAAAAAAAUAAGUUAUAAAUACAUAGAGAUUUACUGCAGAGAUUUGAAUUCGCAACAGUUAGCAACCAUUAUGUCAAAUAUGAAUUCUGGGGUGAUAUGCAACAAUUUUUAUAAGUCAUUGAUCCUGUAUGACCAUAAAGGUGAUAUUUAUAUAGCACAAUACCACCACUAUGCCUUACUAAUUUAUAUCUACUCUCUACUGUGAUUUCCGGUAAAGGUCCUUGGAGUAGCCACUUCUUUUUUGUAUAGCAGGGUGUGUUAUAGUAGUUACACUGAAUGUUGUUGCUUUGCCAGAUUUCUUUUUUGACUUUUUAUAAAUAGCAGGUUGGGGUCAUUGUAUGUAAUAUAUAUUUUUUAGAGGUUUGACAGACUUUAUACCUUGUCCAGUCUGAAAAGAUGUUGUUGAACUCUGGAAAAUGGGAAACAUAUUGCUGGUCCAGAGAACAACUGAAAGAGUGGACUAAACUAAAAAUGCUUUGCUGGGGAAGAAAAACAAGAACAACCCUGUCAUCCACAUACCCAUUUUAGCCCUUGUGUCUUUUUGUACCAUUCUAUUCUCCUUGAUCAAGUUGUUUUGUUCCUCUCAUCUUGUCACUUUCUUUCUAUGAAUUGAUGUGUUCUAAACAACAAGUCACUGUUAAAGCUUAGUUACCACGGCAUAUUCUUGGCCACAGGGUAUCCUUGUUAUUGAAAAGAUUUCCAGCAUGUUGAGACAGGUAAUGGGGAUUUAAGCAGAAAACUUAUUUUUGUCUUGAUUUGUCACUGUGUAUACAGUAUGUGCAUGAGGGAGAGAUUAAAGGAGCAGGUAAUAACAAUACAAUACAUAAAAGGUAUUUGUUUAAAUCAGAUAUUUCCUAGUACAUUUCCAUUGUUGUAAAUAUUUUCAAGACAAGUUCAUGAUGCCAAAUUAAUAAAGUGAGUGACAA